UUCAUUGUCUCACCGUCCAUUUAGAUCCCUUAUUCCUUUUUUAUAUAAAUUUCGUUGGGAUUCCCUAAGUCAACUUCAUUGCAUCUCAGUAGUACUAUAUAAAUAUUACUAGGAACACUCAUAACCUCUACAAAGAAGCAAAAAAGAGACAAAUUAAAGAAGUGAAACCAAAGUAUGAAAGCUCAAGCUAAUAAUUAUUAAGUCUCUCAUUUAUCUUUUUUUUUUUUUUGCUUUGUUGUUUUACUUGACCAGUUUGGAGCCACUAUGGAUCAUCAUCAGAAUGAUCAGGAUCAAGUUCCUUCGGCACCUUCAACACCUGUAACACCGGGAACGCCGGGCGCUCCUCUGUUUGGCGGGUUCAGGCAAGACAGAGGUGGGAAUGCAAGUAGGAAAUCACUCCUCAAGAGCUUCAAGUGUUUUAGCGUUGAAGAUUGGGCUAUGGAGGAAGGCACAGUAUUUCCAAAAGUCUCUUGUGCAAUAUUGUCACCACCUCCUGUCUCUCUUGCAAGAAGGGUGGGAGCUGAGUUCAUAGGCACACUGUUACUCAUCUUUGCUGGAACAGCCACGGCCAUUGUGAACCAAAAGACAGGAGGGUCUGAGACCCUUCUCGGCCUUGCCGCCUCCAAUGGCCUUGCUGUCAUGAUUGUCAUUUUGUCGACCGGCCACAUCUCUGGAGCCCAUCUCAACCCGGCCAUCACCAUUUCUUUUGCUGCUCUGAGGCACUUCCCUUGGAAAUAUGUGCCAGUGUAUAUUGGAGCACAAGUUUUGGCGUCUUUGUGUGCUUCAUUUGCGCUCAAGUGGAUUUUCCAUCCCAUAAUGAGCGGUGGUGUUACGGUUCCUUCUGGGUCUCAUGGCCAAGCUUUUGCUCUGGAGUUCCUCAUUACCUUCUUCCUUAUGUUUGUCGUCACUGGUGUGGCCACCGAUACAAGAGCUGUGGGAGAGUUGGCGGGAAUCGCGGUGGGAGCUACUGUCAUGCUCAACAUACUCGUUGCUGGGGAAGCAACAGGAGCUUCGAUGAAUCCAGUGAGAACCUUAGGGCCAGCAAUAGCUGCAAACAACUUCGAAGCAAUAUGGGUCUACCUAACUGCACCGAUCCUUGGAGCACUUUGCGGAGCAGGAGUCUACUCUGCUGUCAAGCUGCCAGAGGAAAAUGGAGACAAUCAUGAUAAACCUGCCCCGACAAGGAGCUUAAGGAGGUGAUUGAUUGUACAAUCUCUAUCAUUAGGCAUAUAUGAAUUAUCUAGAAAUGCCAUCAGAAGGUAAUGCAGAUAGUUCGAGCGGAGGUUCAAAAGGAAGACAACUCUGGAUGAGUUAGUAGUAUAGAUAAGGAGUUCUUCUUGGUACAUAGUCAUUAAAAGAAUAAAACAGCAUUAGUCAUGUUCAUCAAUAAUCAAGAAGAGAUCUCUCCUCACCCGCGAGAAACUUUAAAGAGAAGCUAAGAAGAGAAGUGUGACCUUCAUCCACUCGGAACAGAACUAUAGUAGUUUUUUAAAAUAAACUAGAGCGACCAAAAAGCAGAAACAGAGAGAUAAGCUCAUAAAGCUCUCGACGCUAGUUGUUUCACGGGUCCUUUUUUUCGUUUCGUAGUUGUAAUUAAUCAUGUAAUGCUAAAGCUGCUAUCUUAUCUUAAUUUUACACAUACAAAGCACUCCAACCAGUGUGCUUUUCC